UCAUUCGUCACUCUCUUCGGCUUUUGCACACCACACCGGCCUUCCUUCUCCAGUCCUCCUCAGCUCACGAAACGCCGCGUUUUGAGAUGUUCGUUUGUCUUUGGAAUUCAAGAAUUUAAAUAUGAUUCAAUUGCAGCGGCUGUCAAGAUCGAUUGAAAGACUGAUCCGAAGAACUAGCUUGUCUGCCUAGGUUUCUCCCUCAAAAACUGUAAACUCUCCAUCUUUUUCCACUUCUUGGUGGUUCUGAUCCAUGGGUACCCCAGAAACAUCACGAGAACCUUGCCCUGACCGUAUUCUUGAUGAUGUCGGCGGAGCCUUUGGCAUGGGCGCUGUUGGUGGUGCAGCUUUCCAUUUUUUGAAGGGUAUCUAUAACUCUCCUAAAGGUGAGCGUCUGGUUGGGGGAUCUCAAGCUGUCCGCAUGAAUGCUCCUCGUGUUGGUGGUAGUUUUGCAGUGUGGGGUGGGCUCUUUUCCACGUUUGACUGCACAAUGGUAUACAUCCGACAGAAAGAGGAUCCCUGGAAUUCCAUCAUAGCUGGCGCAGCCACUGGAGGUUUUCUGCAAAUGCGGCAGGGACUAGGUGCUGCUUCACGAUCAGCACUAUUUGGUGGUGUGUUACUUGCUUUGAUUGAAGGAGCUGGUAUUAUGUUAAAUAAAGUUAUGAGUGGACCACAGAGCUUUCCACCUAUGGAGGAGCCACUACCGAACGCGCCUGGUGUGCCUGGGUAUCCAAUGGGGCAAAUUCCUGGACAAGCUCCAGUAAAUGUUGAGAGUAUGGGAGCUGGAUCCUCAUCAUCAUCAUCAUCGCCACAACCUUCAUCUUCUUCCUCAUCAUCUUCGUGGUUUGGAGGCUUUUUUGGUGGUGGGAAGAAGGAGGAGACAAGUGCUAACAAUGGAAGCAAGACAAAGGUUUUGGAGAGCUUUGAUGCUCCAAGUCCACCAUCAUUCGAGUACAAAUAAGUCCAAGGGGAAAUAUCUCUGGAGUAGCUGCUGAUGGCAUUGGAUUUCUGUUUGGAUCACUGUGUAGGGGCAGCUGCUAAAUGGCAUCCGAUUCUGGUACUGGGAUUUACACAAGCUUGGAGAUUGAUGAUCAAGAGAGAUGACAAUUUGUAAUAAACUAGAAUCAGUCUCUUUGGUUUUGAUCAUUUAGUCUGGUUUUUGUACCAGCACUUUAUAAUGUUAUUUUGAUGGUCCUAACAUGUGCCUUUCAAGUAUUGGAACAUGAGACUUCCUGCUAUAAAUUAGAUGAUUGUAGUGCCUUACAUAUUGAGUAGUUUGUAAUAUUGUAUUUGCUGGUUCAACAUAUAAUUCCACACCUAUUAUAAGGAAAAAAUGCCAGGGCAUUGUGGCCCAUUUUUGUUGAU